AUGCCGGGGCGCACGGCCACUAGAGGAAAGCCCAAGGUGUAUCAAGGUGUUAGAGUAAAGAUUACAGUUAAGGAGUUACUGCAGCAGAGAAGAGCACGACAAGCCGCAAGCAGUGCAGCAGUAAGACCUUUUGAUGCAGAACCCAUCUCUUCUGUUCCCAACUACUGUCCAUCAUGGCAGUUUUCGAAUUGCCUCUCUUGUGAAGAAAGCCCUAGCUAUUUGGAACAACUGGUAGAUUCCUGUCUUCAGACAGAUGCACCCUCAGAACCAGCCUUCAAUGGUUUCCAGACGUCCUCACACCACACUUCAGAUGCCUUCCAGCCAGUCCCACACUGCUUUAACCAGGGCCUGGCUGCUGGAUCCCCCAGUUCGGCUGAUCUCUCCAGCCCAUUGAACUAUAGCUGCUCUCCUCCUCAGCUAUCUCCUUUCACACCACUGACCCACAGCCCACCCUCUGCUCUGGACUCCGAGACUUACAGCUACCCUGCAGAGGAAUGGUCCUGCCAUACCCCCUCCACGUACAGCACCUCUGCCUGCUGCUGCACUGCCUAUGGCUCCCAGCAUGCGGACAACAGGGUCCCGCAGUACUUCCCCUGCCCCAGCACAGACUGCAUGGACUACCUACCGCCCAUGGCCGUGGCCGAUGACUUCUUCAGAAGGGAUAGGAACUGUGACAUCUGCUAUAGCUAA